AGGCCACGCACGUCACACCGUUCUGUCAACCUAGUGGCCAAAUGAUGUGUGUAAUAAAAUGUUAGUGCAGAAUUUGAACGAAGGAGUAGCUUAGAUUAGAUAUAGUUUCUCACUUAUCUGCAUCUUAUCAAAUUGUGUAACAGUGUGCAACCUCAUUUUAUAUAUUGGCGUAGAUUUCGUCUGUCAGUCUCAGUUUAAAUUUGAUUUUACAAGUGAGUUUUUCUAUUUAUUGUACCAAAUUCCGGGAAAAAAAUAAUAUAAUCAAAAGAUCCAGUUGCCGCAAGAGUUAUACAUUCUCCAGUUUUAUACUUCAAGGUUUUCAUUUUUGCAAGUGUGUUGAAGUGACAAUUUUAAGAAACUUAAGUAAUCAGCUAGUAAUAUGGGUUUGUUGACUGAAGGCAGCCCUUUAUCCUGGGAAGAAACAAAAGAGUUAGCCGAACACGUGCGUCAACAUGGAAUUAUUCAAUUUAUAAAUUUGUAUAAACGUUUACGAGACCGCCAGGGAGAUAUACUGAAAUGGGGCGAUGAAGUGGAAUAUAUUAUAGUGAAAUUUGACAAUGAAAAGAGACAAGCUAAAGUAAGUCUGAGAGCUCAAGAAAUUCUAACUGAAUUAAACAAAAAAGAACUUGAAGACCCCACAGGAGUAAAGUCCUUGUGGCGACCGGAAUAUGGGGCGUACAUGAUUGAAGGGACACCUGGAAAACCUUAUGGAGGAUUAUUGGCCCACUUCAAUAUUGUUGAGGCAAAUAUGAAACACAGGAGAGAGGAAGCUACACAGCUUUUAAAACCUGAUGAAUGCUUGAUGUCUUUGACUAGUUUUCCAAGGUUGGGAUGUGAAAAUUUUACGGACCCUCCGUCAAAACCAACCCCAAAUGAGGGCGCCACCCGUUCACUGUUUUUCCCAGAUGAUGCGAUUUUCCCAGGACAUCCUCGAUUCAAAACUUUAUCAAGGAACAUUCGGCAAAGAAGAGGCGAAAAAGUUGCCAUCAAUCUACCAGUAUAUAGAGACGAAAAUACAAAAAUACCUGUGGAUGAUUCCCACAAAUUCUCUACAGCCGCUUUACCCGAUCACGUUUAUAUGGAUGCGAUGGGUUUUGGGAUGGGGUGCUGCUGUUUACAGUUGACUUUUCAAGCGUGCAAUAUAACCGAAGCUAGAACCUUAUAUGAUCAAUUAACUCCUCUCUGCCCAAUUAUGUUAGCACUAACAGCGGCGUCACCCCUUCACCGUGGCUGCAUUACCGAUGUGGAUUGCCGAUGGAACGUCAUUUCAUGUUCUGUAGAUUGUCGUACGAAGGAAGAACGUGGCCUGGAAUCCCUCAAAAACAACAAAUUUGUGAUAAAGAAGUCUCGGUAUGAUUCCAUAGAUUCGUAUUUGUCUCCGCAAGGAGAAAAAUUCAACGACGUGCCAUUGACCUAUGAUCCUAAAAUAUACCAACAACUAAUUGACAACGAUAUAGAUCAUCUUCUGGCACAACAUGUAGCCCAUCUUUUUAUAAGAGAUACGGUGUCUCUGUUUUCAGAGAAGGUUCACCAAAAUGAUGAAGAAGAUACGGAUCAUUUUGAGAAUAUACAAUCAACGAAUUGGCAAACUAUGAGGUUCAAGCCACCACCACCAAAUUCUACCAUUGGUUGGAGAGUUGAGUUUAGACCAUGUGAAGUCCAAAUUACCGACUUCGAGAAUGCUGCCAUUGUUUGUUUUGUUGUGUUAUUAACUCGAGUUAUUUUGUCCUAUAAUUUGGACUUUUUGAUACCUAUCAGUAAAGUCGACGAAAAUAUGCAGAACGCUCAGCAACGAAACGCUUGUAAAGAACGAAAGUUUUGGUUUAGGAAAGACAUCACCACUCACAUUAGCCCGCCAGAAGCCAAUGAGUGUUGUAAGAAAGGUGCAACUAAUUGUGAACCAAAGGAUUGUGAAGUUUAUGAUUGUAUGACUGUUGAUGAAAUAAUAAACGGGAAGGAAGGCGACUUUCCAGGUUUGAUCCCUUUGAUUAAUACUUAUCUUAGUGGAAUGGAUGUUGAUGCAGAUACACACUGUACAAUACAGCAGUAUUUGAAGUUUAUACAACGUAGAGCGUCUGGGGAAAUUUUUACUACCGCGUCUUGGAUUAGAAAAUUUGUGACAGAACAUCCUGAAUACAAGUUGGACUCAAAAGUGUCAGAAAAAAUCAACUAUGAUCUAUUGAAAACAAUUUGUGCCAUUGAAAAGGGAGAAAUGUCUUGUCCAGAGUUGUUGGGCUAUUCUACAAUGUCAAAAACAAAAGAAAAUAUACCUACAGCUUUAUCAAAAAAUUGUUAGUACUAGCAGGUAAUAGCACUGGCAAUGGUAAAUUUUGUUAACGAUUCGUACUUAAUAUAGCUUUGAUCACAUUAUAUUUUUUUAAAUGUUAACUUUUGCAAUUUUUUUAAUUAUGUAGAAUUUAAAUACAUUUUGAAAAAUA